CCCCCAAUCCUAUAAAAGUGCCGUUUGGAGAGUGGGGAGCUCACAGUUGCUUCUUUCCACGGAGAAACUUUCGUUGUUUUUACUGCUAACAAAAUGAAUUCUGUCUUUGCAGCUCUUUGCGCCGUCUUCUUGGCCGCCAUGCUGAUGGGUGGCGUCAAUGCGGACGCCGGACGUUCGGCCUGCCAGGAUGAGUCCGAGCUGGGACAGACCUAUACGCACCACUUCGAUGCCGCCAAGUACUGGCUGUGCGAGACUCUGGGCGUGCCCGCCACCGAGGUGGACUGUCCCUCUGGUCUGGCGUACAUGCAUCUCCUCAAGGAGUGCAUUCCCUGGGCCAGCUACAUCUGGAAGAAGCCAGAGAUGCCGCCAACAGUUGCCUAAGAAUAAACACCAAACCAGAAAGAUUUAAAAA